UUCUUUUCCUACCCUGACCAAGGUCUGCCGAUUGCCUUGGUCUAACCAUGAGAGUAAGGAUUCAAUGGAUGCCGCCGAGCAAGAUCUCGACGCAAAACUCUACAAGGCGUCCGGCACUCUCCUGAAUGAGAUCAAAUUUAAGUUGCCUCUACUGCUAUCCCAUCCUGGCACAAAACCCCCAAAGCCUCGUCUACAGGUUCUCAAUGUCAAAUGCGAAGAACUCAGGCAACUCCUCGAUCGCUUUCAAGAAUGGCCUCAGCUGCUCGAUCCGUAUCUGGCCACCAUGGUACAACAUCUAGCUGAUGCCUUCAUCUACUACAUGGCGAAUUCCCGCUCAAGUUACAAUGCAGGCAUAUCCAAUACAUCACCCUUGCCACGCGCAAUCUGUCGGCUUCUCUAUUCAUUUUGCAAAGUCAGAGGGUACAAGGUAAUUGUCCGCUUGCUGAACAAUGAACCCAGAUACCUUGUCCCCAUGUUACAAACCUUUCAAGCUUGGAAUCACUCCGGCUUGGGUAUGACUUGGGAAGAGCGCUACAUCAUGUUACUGUGGCUGUCUCACUUGAUGUUGGCGCCCUUUGAGCUGGUCAACAUGUAUAUCGACACCCCUGAUGUUGAAUCCCGCCAAUCAAGUCUAGGCAUGGGGCAACUUCCAGGUAUCGCGGCUGAUGUGGCCCCCCUUGCGCUCGAACAGCUUCAGACAUCUGGCAAGGAACAGCAGACAGCAAGUAUUCUGCUCGUCCGGCUGUGUCUUCGUAAAGAUAUGCAACAACAUGAUCUGCAUGGCAGAAUUCUCAACCAUGCCAUUCGCACGUUACUUGAAGACCAUACUCUGGUGGACAAAAGCCCCUAUCGUGCUCUUGGCCUUUUGUCAUUGUUACAUGGCAUCUCAAAUUCAGCGUCUGACAGCGAAAUUGCUCCUUAUCUCGAGAAAAUCUUUCAGCUUGCCUCUGCUAUUGCUACAUCUAAGAAUGAUCGACAUGUCCUCCUCCGAAGCUUUGCCCCGGCAAGGAAGUUGCUCUUGAAAAUUACCCGGGUGGUUCUGACCCAUGCCAUCAGUUGGUGUCAGUCAACGGCCCGUUUAUCAACAGAUUCCCUCAACUUGAUGCUUGAGGGAGGCAUCCAGUACUUUCUUGAUGGUCUGGGUGACAAGGAAACUCCCGUGCGAAUGACUGCAGCAAAGGCACUUAGUAUCAUUGCCCUCAAAUUGGACCAAGACAUGUCAGAAGAGGUUAUUGAGGCUGUUCUUGCCACUCUGAAAGAGAAUGUCUUCCUCGAAGAUCCGCAUACUCGCAAGUUGACACCACUGACUGAGCGCAACAAUUCAAAAGCAAGGGGCUUGAGGACAAAUAUUGAUGCUGUUGACCCGUUGAAGUGGCAUGGUUUGAUGCUAACUCUAGGUCACUUUUUGUUCCGUCGAUCUCCUCCAGCGACAAUGCUCACCUCGAUCAUACAGGCGUUGAUAUCAGGCCUCGAGUUCGAACAGCGGUCCAACGUGGGGACCUCAGUUGGUGUCGGCGUCAGGGAUGCAGCAUGCUUCGGCCUCUGGUCUGUAGCGAGAAAGUACAGCACCGCUGAGCUUGCCCUCGUCGACAUUUCACAACUUGCAGGACAUGCGCUCCACAGAUCACUUCAUAUUCAGAGCGUUCUCCAAUUACUGGCUUGCCGGCUCUCCGUUUCGGCCUGCUCAGACCCCUCAGGCAAUAUUCGUCGUGGUGCUUCCGCUGCUCUGCAAGAACUCAUUGGCCGACAUCCAGACACCAUUAGCCAAGGCAUCUCAAUCGUCCAAACAAUUGACUAUCAUGCUGUUGCACGACUGUCUCGUGCCAUGCUAGAGGUCUCCGUUGAAGCGGCAUUUCUCGAUCCGCUCUAUCACCUGACUCUCUGCCAGGCUUUCACCGAAUGGCGUGGUUCUCGCGCCGUGGACCCAAAUCAGAGACGUUGGGCCUCCAACGCCCUACGGAAACUUGCUCAGAAUUUGCCAUUGGAAGAUGUCUUGCUGCUCACACGCACCAUUUACAUUGAUCUUCUCGACCUCAAAUCUCUCAAUGUUGGCAGCACUGCCGGCGUCCGGCAUGGUCUCCUGUUGGCGCUGUCGUCUGGAUUACAAGCUCUUGCACAACAUGACCCCACCUUCGCAAUGCCCGUGAGGUGGCUACCAGAAGGCGAAAAGAUCAUCGAUUUGUACAAAUUAACAGGGAAGAUUGACGGCCGGCUCACUGCAGAUGUUGAACUUAUCAUGGAAGGUAUUUCCUCCGUUAUCAGUACGAUGUCAAGUUCUAUUGCGAUCGCGCCUGAUUCGGUCAGCGACAUGGAACAAUCAUGGGUUGCAUCCGCGUGGGAGAUUUUAUCUCACUGUACAGGGUCUAGCAGCCGCGAACUCGUUGUCGAAGCCAGCGCCCAUGCCAAUUUCGAGGUCAUCACACAUCUCCCUGUUGAGGAGCAAGCUGCAAUACUUUCCAAGUGGCUUGACCCAGCAGACCAGUCGCCAACAGUCUACACCAGUAAAGGACGCAUGAAGACUCUCAGCCUCCUUCAUAACCAUCUCGUCUCAGCCAAGCCGAGCCAACUGGUUCUUCUCCGGAAGGAGGUUGUGUCCUACCUGGUCGGAAUUAUCGAGGGCAGCUAUAAAAUUGAAACCCGGGUGGACGCCAUGGAGGGUUUAAGCAUUAUACUCCCAAGCAUCGUGCUCAACAGUGUGGCAGAAGCACGCUCCAUUGCCGAUGCGCUGAGCAGUGGCCUGGCUGACUACACCAAUGAUCAAAGAGGCGAUAUCGGUUCCACACUGAGACUCAAAAGCUUGGAUGCAGUCGACUCGCUUAGGGACAAUGUCAACUUGUCCGCAGACGUUUCCCGUGCUGUGCUAGAAGCCGUGAUGCCGCCCAUCGUCAAGCUUGCGGCAGAGAAACUAAACAACGUUCGAUUUCGAGCGUGGCAGUCACUAGAACGACAUCUAUCGGAGGAACAUCCCACGCAGUCCAGUCCGCGCUUCGACUAUCUUGGUCAGGUGUCCUCGGUGGCAUAUUUCGAAAACCUAUUGCAUCUUCUCUCUACGGAAUGGGCACGAAAAUCAUUGAUCCAAGGCCUUGUAUCAUCUGCGACAGCUGGGACCGAAGACAUUUGCCGAGCUGCAUCCAAUGCAUUUGUGGCAUAUUUCCAGUCUCUCCCUGUCUAUGACCGAGAUGUCCUUGUACGAUCGGUGUCCAAAAUUGUGCUAGACCAUUUCGCGGAUAGUGCAACUCAAGACGACAAAGCUGUGCUCCCGAUGCUCGAUUUCCUCGGUGUCAUGAUUGACCACGAUCUCUUCCACGUUGACCUCGUAAAGGCUGGAGACGUGGAUCUGUUCUCGGCAUUGCUCGCGCUGCAGGGUUCAUCGUGCUCUCUUGCACGCGCAGAAUCGCUGUUGAAUGCAUACUCACGCAUUGUUGGAAUUGCCACGUAUCGAGUACCAGCGCUAGACAAGAUGACACGCCAGCUUCUCCACCGGUGGCCCAGAGUACGUAACACUGCAGCAGACCUGUUGUAUCUACACGCGGAAAAUGAAAAGUUGGCCGAGUGGGACUGGAACCGUCAACCGGCGGAGAACAAGCCAGUGGUUCUGGAUAUUAGGAAAGAUUUGGGCAUUGCUGGAGGUGCAAAACAACCGCCCAGUCGUUAAGAAUAGAAGGUACUCGAUAUGUAAGAUAGAAUCGAAUCUAACGGUACUCGACUGGCGUGAGACUAUCCUCAAAAUCCAGUUAUAGAUAUUUUUCUGAGAAACCAGACAGA